AUGAACUUAAAAAAGAAGCUUUGUGCUGAGGCCUACGGAACUUUUAUGCUCACUUUUGUCAUCGUUGGCAAGUAUUAUGAAGCCAACUUAAUGGGUCCUGCAUUUUGGAUGUGUGUCCAAGGCACCAAUAUGAUUCACUCCUUCCACUUUAAUCCUUGUGUCACUUUAGCCUCUUGGAUGCAUAAGAAAAUGCUUGGCAAGCUAAAACCCAUAGAUUCUUACCUGUACUGGUCUUUCUUUAUCCAGAUUAUUGGAGCAAUUCCAGGUGUUUUUGCUGGGUGGUGGAUUUAUGACUCAGAUUUCUAUUUCAAAACUGGGGAUGACUAUACUGACGCCCAAAAAUUUUUUGCCGAACUAAUUUUCAGUAUUCAUAUUAUCCUUUGUCCAUUAGGUAUAACCUUUUGGCCUCAUAAUAGACUAAUUGGAAGCCUUGUGGUGGCUGGAGGACUUACCGCAGGGAUCCAUACAGUAGAGCAUAUUUCUGGUGCAUGUUUUAAUCCUACAAUCUGCUUUACAGUUAAUAUUAUCCAAGGAAUCAGAACCGGCGAUUCAGAGCAUUUUAAGUACCUCUGGAUCUACUUUAUAGCCCCUGUGAUUGCGAUGUUUAUUGCAGCAGGGUUAGCAUGUAUAAUACAUUUCCCACCGGAGGAGCCGAUAGUAAAGCAAGUAAGUGAAAUCGAAUCGGCAAGCGAUAAUAAUGAGAAGCCUGGUGAAAACGAGUACGAACGUGCUAAGGUUGAGACUGCUCAUGCAAUUGAACCUCCAAGCGGGACUAAUAACGUUUAG